AUGCCGUCUGAUAAAAAUUGGAAGUUUUCACAAUGCUUUGGCGACAAAGGGGACAUUGAGAACAUCACAGAAGCAGAUAUUAUAUCAACAGUUGAAUUUGAUCAUACAGGUGAUUUUUUGGCUACUGGGGAUAAAGGGGGAAGAGUUGUUUUGUUUGAAAGAGCUGAAACCAAACCGAAGCAAGGUUGUGAGUAUAAAUUUUUUACAGAAUUCCAAAGUCAUGAUGCCGAAUUUGAUUAUUUGAAAUCAUUGGAAAUAGAAGAAAAAAUUAACAAAAUAAAAUGGUUGAAAAGUGGUAACGAUUCCCUUUAUCUAUUGUCGACAAAUGACAAGACUAUAAAGUUAUGGAAAAUACAAGAGAGACAAAUCAAACUAGUUUCGGAAAACAAUUUAAACGGGCUGACCCAUUUGCCUAGUACUGACAUUGGUAUCUCAUCGUUGAAAUUGCCUCAAUUACAGUUACACGACAAAUUGAUCUCAGCUCAACCUAAAAAGAUUUAUGCCAAUGCUCAUGCUUAUCAUAUCAACUCAAUAUCUGUCAAUUCAGAUCAAGAGACGUAUCUUAGUGCUGAUGAUUUGAGAAUCAAUUUAUGGAAUUUGGGCAUUGCUGAUCAAUCUUUCAACAUUGUCGAUAUCAAACCUGCGAAUAUGGAGGAAUUGACCGAAGUUAUCACUAGUGCUGAAUUCCAUCCAUCACAAUGUAAUUUGUUCAUGUACUCAUCUUCGAAAGGGACAAUAAAAUUGUCGGACAUGCGAUCAAACUCACUUUGUGAUAGCCACGCUAAGAUAUUUGAGGAGUAUUUGGAUCCGCUGUCACAUAAUUUCUUUACUGAAAUCACAAGUUCUAUUUCCGAUGUCAAAUUCAGUCACGAUGGGAGAUACAUUGCAUCCCGUGAUUAUAUGACAGUGAAAAUAUGGGAUUUAGCUAUGGAAAACAAACCGCUAAAGACUAUUGAUGUUCAUGAACAUUUGAGAGAGCGAUUAUGUGAUACAUAUGAAAAUGAUGCCAUAUUUGAUAAGUUUGAAGUUCAAUUUGGUGGAGACAAUAAAUCCGUGAUGACAGGUUCAUACAACAAUCAGUUUGUGAUUUAUCCAAAUGCAGUAAACAAAGGCGGAAAUGAUAAACCAAAGUCUGUGUUCAAAAAUAAUACAAAUAAGAGAAAAAAGAAUGGCUAUCGAGGACGUGAUGAUGAUGACGACGAAGAUAACAAUAAUGACGACGAUGACGACGAUGAUGAUGACGAUGACGAUGAAGACAACCAGUUUGACAAGGAGGUGCCAGUGAGUAAAAAUUCUCCAAGUUCUCAAUUAGAUUACUAUGAUGAUGACGAUGAACCGGAAAAAAUCACUUUACAAGCAGACAAGUCUGCUUUCAAAUCAAAGAAAAUAAGUCCACACACCGUCAGUGGUAGAAUGAUGAGUGGAGUCGGUGGUAAUAUUGGAAGAGAUUUCGAAGAUGUUGAUUUUAAAAAGAGUGUACUCCAUUUAUCGUGGCAUCCAAAAGAAAACUCUGUUGCCAUUGCAGCAACAAACAAUUUAUACCUUUUCUCCACAUUAUGA